GCCAAUAUAACCAACCCUGAAUGUUGGCCACUUAGAGCGAUCCUAGCUGUAGCUACAAUAAUAUACUUCUUGGUGACAGGGUGCUAUGUAUUCCUCUACGUACCAAUAAUCUUCGGUAAACCCUUUAGGGUUCUAGCUGCAAUAUUAUGGUCAAUAAUUAGAUUCCUUUAUAGUAGAAUCAAAAAGUUCAAGGGAAGGACCUCGAGAAGGGGCUUUCGCAAUCGCAAUCUUGCCGAAAUCAUAGCAAUACUAGUAGUUUUGAUCGCUCCAUCUAAGGGAUGCCAGGCCUUCACUACUAUAGUGGGAUUGACACCGAAUUUGCCAACGCAGUGGAGAUCUUUUCGCAUGACACUCACAUCGCUCGCAUUUCCUCCGACCCCUUUGCUCAAUACAUACUUCAUUUCCGAUUCAAGGCGUACCGCAUUGUGGAAGAGAGAAAACCACAUUGCAUUGCGAUGCCCCGACCGCGCCAGCGCUCAACUACUCAAUUGUACACUUUUUGAUGAUUGUAGGUGUACUUCAGCGGAAACCCAUGUGAAUUGCAGGUGCACAGACUUUUCAAUAUCUGACUGGUUCAAUAGCACCCGAAAUCAGCUCCCCGUUGUCUUUCCAGCAAUAACCUUUUCGCCUCACAGAGCUUCAAGAGUUCAGGCAAGAGUUUUUUCUAUGGUUACAGCAGAGGUUGUGAUUACCUUCCAAGAUGCCUAUAAACCAGCGCUUCUCAUUGAUGAAGCAACCUAUCCUUGUAUGGGCUUUGACCUUGACCCCCAGGAUUAUCUUCUAUUCCGCGAGAAAAAUACUCCACGUCUGAACCAA